AUGUCAUUUUCAGCAAAUAGACAAAACUCCUCUGCCGCAGCUGCCAUCGCCAAACCAGCAUUCUCCGCAGUCCAGCCCGUCACCAAUUUCGCAGAGAAAAUAGCCAGUCGUCCAGAUUUUGACAGCUCCAACAAGCCUAUUCAAGUUACAAAGUCCCCUGACCCAUCCUGGUCUUACGGGGAUGGUGUUCAUACUGGAGAGACACCCACCAUCAACAAAGUCCACAAAGAAAUCGACCCCUACUCUUCUGACAGAUCCGUCAGUCAAAACUACCGCCUUUUGAUAUCUGGCAUUGCUCCUCGCCCGGUUGGCUUCAUCAGUACUAUCUCCAAAGACGGUAAAACAAAGAAUCUAGCACCGUUCAGCUAUUUCCAAAUGGUCGACCAUGACCCACCAAUGUUCAUGGUCAGCUUUUCGUCUCGCCAUGGUCGUAUCAAGGAUACAUAUCAGAACUUGAAAGAUACAAAAGAAUGUGUCAUAAAUACUGUUUCUGAAAACAUGAUUGAAGCCGUCAACGCUUCAUCCAUUGAUGCGCCCUAUGGAAUUUCAGAAUGGGAUAUAACUGGUUUGACUGAGGGUGAAACAACAACAGUGAAAGCCCCACGAGUUACAGAGUCAGUACUUUCUAUUGAAGGAAAAGUUGUGGAUAUGAAGGAAUUUGAAGGACAUAAACCUGGCAUGAGUGGAUCUGCCAUCUUUCUGGUCGAGGCAACGAGGCUUUGGGUUCAGGAGGAUGCAGCGAAUGAGGAUUUCAGCCACAUCGAACUUGACAAGCUGAGGCCCAUCGCACAGCUUGGUGGUAUGUCUUAUGGGCGGAUUACUUCUACCUUUGAACUUCCUCGUACUAGAUGGGUGGACGAGCAGCCUAAGAGCGAGCUUUUGACAAAGUUAGAUCGCCAAAAGCCUGAUGAAUAA